CAAAUACCAGCCCAAGGUCCUCCUCAAGCAAAUUUCCACUCCCCAAGCCACUGUCCCUGCUCAACCGCUUCUCCAGACCUCUCUUCCGUCAUCACAGAUCUAAAACCUCUUCCAAUCAUCACUUACUUUAGCUUACCAAGACAUGGCAACAAUCGUCUCCGUCAAGGCUCGUCAGAUCUUCGACAGCCGUGGCAAUCCAACUGUCGAGGUGGAUGUGCAUGUGUCAAACGGUGUGUGGGCGAGAGCUGCUGUUCCUAGCGGAGCUUCCACUGGAAUAUAUGAAGCUCUUGAAUUGAGAGAUGGAGGGUCAGACUAUCUUGGAAAGGGUGUCUCAAAGGCCGUUAACAAUGUCAACUCAAUUAUUGGCCCAGCACUCGUCGGCAAGGAUCCAACUGAUCAGACUGGUAUUGACAAUUUCAUGGUUCAGCAACUCGAUGGUACCCAAAAUGAGUGGGGUUGGUGCAAGCAAAAGCUUGGUGCCAAUGCCAUCCUGGCAGUGUCUCUUGCUGUAUGCAAGGCUGGUGCUGCAGUGAAAAAUCUCCCUCUUUAUAAGCACAUUGCUAACUUGGCUGGUAACAAGAAGUUAGUCUUGCCAGUUCCUGCGUUCAAUGUUAUCAACGGUGGAUCACAUGCUGGCAAUAAACUUGCUAUGCAGGAAUUUAUGAUUCUUCCUGUUGGGGCUUCUUCUUUUAAGGAGGCUAUGAAGAUGGGAGUUGAAGUCUAUCACAACUUGAAGUCUGUAAUUAAGAAGAAGUAUGGCCAAGAUGCAACAAAUGUUGGUGAUGAGGGUGGCUUUGCUCCUAAUAUCCAGGAGAACAAGGAAGGUCUUGAAUUGCUUAAAACAGCUAUUGCUAAAGCUGGUUACACUGGUAAAGUUGUGAUUGGGAUGGAUGUGGCUGCUUCUGAGUUUUAUGGUAAAGACAAGACUUAUGAUCUAAACUUUAAAGAAGAGAAUAAUGAUGGCUCACAAAAGAUCUCAGGUGAUCAGCUCAAAGAUCUUUACAAGACGUUUGUAGCUGAGUACCCUAUUGUUUCAAUUGAAGAUCCCUUUGACCAAGAUGACUGGGAGCAUUACGCUAAGUUAACCUGUGAAAUCGGUGAAAAAGUACAAAUUGUUGGAGAUGAUCUUUUGGUCACAAAUCCCAAGAGAGUUGCAAAGGCAAUCAACGAGAAAACUUGCAAUGCUCUUCUUCUUAAGGUUAACCAAAUUGGAUCUGUGACUGAGAGUAUUGAAGCUGUGAGAAUGUCCAAGAAGGCUGGUUGGGGUGUGAUGGCCAGUCAUCGCAGUGGUGAGACAGAGGAUACCUUCAUUGCUGAUCUCUCUGUUGGUUUGGCAACGGGUCAAAUCAAGACUGGAGCUCCAUGCAGAUCAGAGCGUCUGGCCAAAUAUAACCAGCUCUUGAGAAUUGAAGAGGAACUUGGUGCAGAUGCUAUUUAUGCUGGAGCAAGCUUCCGUGCACCAGUUGAGCCCUACUAGAUUUGCUUUAAUCUUGAACCUUUUGCGGGGAUCGUAGCAAACUUGGUUGAAUAAGUCUACAAAUAGGAACAUGCUUAAAUCGAUGAUGCCUGUUCAUUAAUAAUCAUAGCUAAACUUUUUGUUUUAAUGUGAUUGACAAAGAGCUAGUUUGUAGAGGAUAAGCAUCUACUCUUCCUUUUGCUGCUUUUCCUUUUAUUAGAAAAUCCUGAUCAUGUGAACUUGUAGUAAUGAUUUUGGCCAUAUUUUCCUGAAUCUUUUCAAGAUAUUUUUGAGGAGUUUCUAUGAACUGAUGUAUCUGUGUGAA